AUGGUAGAUUCACAAUGUCAUUCCUUCGAGGAUACGGCUGCGGCAGGCAGCUAUAAUGUUCCAAUCAUAUCUGAGUCUCAUCCCGGAUCCUCUCAUGACAGUGGCUCGGUCAGACGACUUCAGCUUACCUCUCCCAAUACUCCACUUUUCAAUUCCCCAAAUGGCUCUCAAGCAUCAGUGUCGCUUCCGAAAACAACCCCUCAUGUUAUCAUGUAUCUGAAAGAAAAUCAAACAGCUUUUACAACACCUGCAAAGCGAGGCCGUAGUCAAUUCAGAGCAGCAUUCUCGAGAGAUACAACACGAAACUUAUAUCGCAGUCCAAGUUCUUCUGAUCGAUUUAUUCCCAAACGCGACUUUGGCGAUUCUCCAUCAACGCCGUUCCGGGUGAACAAACCCCCACAGCAACUGUCGCCGCGAGAGCGAUUGUUUCGGCACCGCUUGCCUGGAGAUGACCCAUUCUUACCAACUCCCAGCCCGAGUCCAGUGUUUCCAGGUCAGAGUACAAGACCAACUCGGCUUCGUCAAAGACCACUUCAACGGCCCCGGCUCGUUACUGACCUAGCGAUCCUUGGAAGCAAUCGUCAAAAUGACUUCCUCAGACAGGUCAGCUCUGGGGCCGUCUGGGGUGUAGGUGGAACAUCUGCAAUGCUUGGGGAUUCUGCGGUGACAACUGUGAAUGGUGCACCAAGUUUUGUCGGAAGAGCCAGCUCAGCACCUACUUUUAUGGCCAAAUUCUUACCCAGAAAGUCCAAGGUUGACGACCAAAACAGGCAUGAGUCGCGAAUAGCCCUUGCUUUGGAUAUUGACCCGACUUCUCGAGUACUUGAUAAUUCCCGAGGGUGCGUACAGACAGCCCCUCAUCCAACAUCCCCAAACUAUGAACAGUUUGAGCCCUUUGUAUGGAAGGAUAGCGCGUGGAAGAAGGGAGAAAGGGGGAACUGGCCAACGAGUUUUCCUCGGCGAGAGGCUGUCCCACCCAAGCCUUUUAGGAUCUUGGACGCUCCAUACAUGCGGGAUGACUUCUAUUGCUCUACUUUGGCCUAUUCUUUCACCUCCGGUGUUUUAGCUGUAGGAUUGGCGCAAUCUGUUUACCUCUGGUCUGAAGGUUAUAUCGUGGAUCGACCACCGUUUGGUGAUGUUCACCCCGCAAACUACGUGACCUCUCUCUCGUUUUCCUCCGAGGAUGGUGGGCGCAGUAUACUUGCCGUGGGUCGUCAGUCCGGCCAAUUGACUCUCUGGAGUGUCUUCGAGAGCAAGGUGCGCUUUGAAAUUAGCCAUGCGAACAGUGUAUCUUGCGUCUCCUUCAAGCCAAAGACCUCAAGAAGAUCAUCAGAAGGGUAUGCAAACACAGAGAUAGAUGCAGAGGAUCUCGUUGUUGGAGACGAAAUGGGAAACAUCUGGUAUUAUGCAGUCGAAUGGCCUGAUGUUCACGAUGAAUGGAGUUGGACAGGCUCCAUGACACUGUUGGCCAAAAUAUCUGCCCAUAGCCAACAGGUGUGUGGGUUGGCCUGGUCCCCUGAUGAUCGCUUCCUUGCUUCUGGAGGAAAUGACAAUGCGUGCAUGUUGUUUGAACUGCAUAAGAUAUUGCCAUCGCCACCUCCUAAUCACCCAGUCGUGUCCACUACCUCAUCAGAUCUGGCUGGAAACUUGAGUCGCGCAAUUCCAUGUCUUGCUUUAGGCAACAACUCCGGGCGCUCUAUCAGAGGUCGACAAAUUGUCAGCCAUCUACUUCCGUCCUGGAUUCAUUCUCUUCCAACCGAACUCUCCACAGCACCUCCGCUGUUAAGUCGUGUCGGAUGUCUUAUUUCGGGCAGCGAUAGAACAGUUCUUAUUCCAAGCAGCCGUCGAAAACACCGCCUCGCCCAUGCUGCGGCGGUCAAGGCAAUCGCAUUUGCACCAUGGCAACCAUCAUUGCUUGCAACAGGGGGUGGUUCGAAUGACCGUGCUAUUCAUUUCUUCCACGCCAAGACUGGCGUCUGUCUAGCGAAAAUUAAUGUCUUUGCACAGGUGACCAGUCUAAUAUGGAGUCAAACCAGACGUGAGAUCGCCGCAACAUUCGGAUACGCUCAACCAGAGCACCCUUUUCGGAUUGCUGUUUUUGCCUGGCCUAGUUGUGCCCAAAUUGCGGUCAUUCCUUGGGGCCCCGCUGGAGCUAGCUGGGAUGGUCAAGAACAAGAUGUUACCUACGAUUGUGGCCGAGCACUGUGGGCUGUCAGCUACCCAGGGAGGCCGCCUCGUCCACUGAGUGUUGCUACGGAUGAAUCUGAUCCUCUGGGCUCGAAAAUGUCAGCUGCCGGUCCAUCCACCAGUCAUCAAGCUGAUGAACGAGGUCAAUCGGUUGAGAGAAGAAAUGAGUCUCCAGAGCGAAGGCGAGGUCCAUAUGCCAUCCGCCCCAAAGAGAAAGAAGGUGGGAUGUGGUGCACGCGAACAAAAGAUGAAGGAUGCAUCAUUGUGGCAUCAAGCGAUCAGACUGUCAAAUUUCAUGAAGUAUGGACUGGUCGACGCAAGAGCACUGGCUCAGCCUCCGGGCUGCUUGGAGGAAGUGACAUUCUUGAGGGCAUAGAAGGGAUCGAGAAGUCCGGAAGUGAAGUCAUUCGUUAA